AUGAAAGUCUCUUGCGGCGGCGUGCCAGGGGGGAUCCAAUCACGUAUGCGUCUCUUGUGGCGUUUUAUCCGACAUUCGACGGACGGGGCGAGGGCCCAUUCACCAAAGGAGCUAGACGUUCAAGGCCACGCAAGCCGGGCCGGGGACCAUAUAGUCACAAACCUUCGGCCAUUGCGCUUGCUUUCUACUUUUUCCAUCUUUCACACAACUUUACAUUCAUACAACUAUUCUUUACCGACCUGUCCCGUCAAUCGAGAUGCUUGUCAAGACGUCGACGGUGCUCUGCGCGCUCACCGUCGUGGCAUACGGCGCGCCGAACCAGCUGCCCAUCGACAAGCACCGCCACUCGGCGUCGAUCGGGAUCCCAUUACUAUCCGCUGCGGCACAGGUUCCAACACGGAAGCGUGCCCGGCGCGCUACAAGUGCACGGCGCCGCCCAACUGCGAGCGAUACUUUCAGGGCGUCUACUACGAGGGCUGCAUCGGCACCUGCGUCCCCGACAUGCCGCCCAUCUAA